CUGUUCUCACACACGAUGACAACUUUCAUGUUUCCGUUUGUGGCUACCCAAUUCCAAGAAAACAAAAAAAAUACAAAUAUUAUUAUCCAAAACAAAAUUAAAAAAACAGAGAGACUUAGUAGAAGAAGAAAAAGAGGAACAAAAACAAACCUCUAUCUCUCCGAACAGCGGUCCAUUUCUACAAACAACCGGAGGACGUUUCAGAUUCCCGGUUGCCAAUGGCCGCUGUUCGUUUUAUUCUCAUUUUCUUUCUUCUCAUCUCUCUCCCUUUUCAUUCCUCUUCCAUUUCUGAAGCUGAAGCUCUUCUCAAACUCAAACAAUCCUUCACAAACACGCAAUCUCUUGCAUCAUGGCUUCCUAAUCAAAAUCCAUGUUCUUCAAGAUGGGUUGGUGUCAUUUGUUUCGACAAUGUCAUCUCAAGUCUUCAUCUUACCGAUUUAGGCCUCUCUGGAAAAAUUGACAUUGAUUCUCUUUUACAAAUUCCAACGUUAAGAACCAUUAGUUUUGUUAACAACUCUUUCUCUGGUGCAAUUCCUGAAUUCAACAAACUUGGUGCUCUUAAAGCUCUUUAUUUAUCAUUAAACCAAUUCUCAGGACCUAUUCCUCCAGAUUUUUUUUCUCAUUUAGGUUCUCUCAAGAAAGUAUGGCUCAACAAUAAUAAAUUCUCAGGAAAUAUACCAGACUCAUUAACAAAUCUUCGUUUCCUCGGUGAGUUACAUCUCGAUAACAAUGAGUUCUCUGGUCCUAUUCCAGAAUUCAAACAAGAUAUUAAAUCUUUAGACAUGUCUAACAACAAGUUACAAGGUGCAAUACCUGGUCCCUUGUCCAAGUAUGAGGCAAAAUCUUUUGCAGGAAAUGAAGAGCUUUGUGGGAAGCCACUUGACAAAGCAUGCGAUCCUUCUUCGGAUUUAACGUCACCACCUAGCGAUGGAUCCGGACAAGAUAGUGGUGGUGGUGGUGGUGGUACUGGUUGGGCUUUAAAGUUUAUUGGAAUUCUUUUGGUUGCUGCCUUAUUUGUUGUGUUUGUCACGUUUAUUAAAUCGAAACGUAGAAAGGACGAUGAUUUCAGUGUUAUGAGUAGAGAAAACAAUGAAGAUAUCAUUCCAGUUCAUGUUCCUAUCUCAAAACAUAGCUCAUCAAAACAUAGCAGAGCAUCAGAAAGUAGUGGAAAGAAGGAUUCUAGGAGAGGUUCUUCGAAGAGUGGUGGAAUGGGUGAUCUUGUAAUGGUGAAUGAUGAAAAAGGUGUGUUUGGUCUACCUGAUUUGAUGAAAGCUGCUGCUGAGGUUUUGGGAAAUGGUGGAUUAGGUUCUGCUUAUAAAGCAGCCAUGACUAAUGGUUUAUCUGUGGUUGUGAAGAGGAUGAGGGAGAUGAAUAAAGUAAGCAGAGAUAUAUUUGAUGCCGAGAUGAGACGGUUUGGGAGGCUUAGAAACCGUAAUAUUUUGGCUCCUUUGGCUUACCAUUACCGCAGGGAGGAGAAGUUAUUUGUUACUGAAUACAUGCCUAAAGGAAGCUUGUUAUAUGUCUUGCAUGGUGAUAGAGGAACAAGUCAUGCUGAACUAAAUUGGCCAACACGUUUAAAGAUAGUGAAAGGAAUUGCACGUGGAUUGACAUUUCUUUAUACUGAAUUUGAAUCCGAAGACCUGCCACAUGGAAACCUCAAAUCAAGCAAUAUACUUCUAGCCGAUAAUUAUGAGCCACUCUUAAGUGACUUUGCAUUUCAUCCAUUAAUCAACUCAAGUCAUGCAACACAAACAAUGUUUGCAUACAAAACUCCUGAUUACGUUCUUUACCAACAUGUUUCACAGAAAACCGAUGUUUAUUGUCUCGGAAUCAUCAUUCUUGAAAUCAUUACAGGAAAAUUCCCUUCUCAAUAUCACAGUAAUGGUAAAGGUGGUACUGAUGUUGUUCAAUGGGUGUUCACAGCAAUUUCUGAGAGAAGAGAAGCUGAAUUGAUUGAUCCAGAGUUAACAGCAAACAAUCAAGAUUCAAUUAAUCAUAUGUUGCAACUUCUUCAAAUUGGGGCUGCUUGCACAGAAAGUAACCCUGAACAACGACUUAACAUGAAGGAAGCAAUUAGGAGGAUAGAGGAAUUACAAGUUUAAAGAUGAAUAUGAUCAAUUUUUAUGUCAAUGUCAAUGUCAAUAUGCUAGCUUAGUAUGUAACAGUUGCUUUUGUAGGUGAGAGUUGCAGUCCUAGGAAAGAUUAAUUAAUUCAAUUGAUUCAGCAUCUUGAACCAACAAUGAAGUAUUCAUGAAUGAUCCUCUCAAAGCUUAGCGGUGAACAAUGAGUUUUGCACAACACUACAUAUAUUAAAGGGCAUCUAUAGAGGAAGAAAAAAAGGUCACUUACAUAGGGAGAAAAAUUGGAUGCAUGCAUGGCUUUAUGGAACUGCUCGAACUUCUAUAAACCAAAAACCAAAAGAUGCUGAAGAUUGGAGUGUUUUCCAUGUUUUGGCUCCUUUUUUGAGUUGAAAAAUGUGAAAGUACAAGAUCAAUUGAAUGGCGUGCCUCUUGUGCUGUUUAUGGCCCUUGUAAAUUAAUGUGCAAUUCAUAAUAUAAUGAACCCAUUUUUGUGACAAA